AUGAUGUAUUUUAUGUUUUUAUUUGGGUUUUGUUUUGUUUUUUGAAUGGUGGGUGUUUCUUGUAACCCGUCUCCUUAUUAUGGAGUGGUUAGUUUAAUUUUUGGUGCGCUUUCUGGUUGUGGGGUGUUGGUUGGUAUAGGAGGGUCUUUUGUUUCUUUAGUUUUAUUUUUAAUCUAUUUGGGGGGGAUAUUAGUUAUUUUUGCGUACUCCUCUGCGUUGAUAGCGGAGCCUUUUCCUGUGGGGUGAUUGAGUUUGGAGGGGGUAUUUUAUGGAUUAUAUUACCUUUUUAUUAUUGUAGUUUUUAUAAAGAUGAGUUGUCAUUUGUGGAGUAUUGAAGGGAUUGGUGUUGAUACUGUGGAUGCUGGCGGGUUAUAUGUUGUUCGUUUAGAUUUUAGUGGAAUUUCAUGGCUUUAUUGUUUUGGUAGUGGGUUGCUUUUGGUUGCUGGUUGAGGGUUGUUGUUGACGUUGUUUGUUGUGUUGGAGUUGGUUCGUGGAUUAUCUCGGGGGGUGCUUCGUGCGAUUAGG